UGCAGCAUUACAAGAGCCUUUAACAGCUACCAUCUUCACUUUGCACUAGGACAUGUAACAGUGAACAGUUUCCUGAUAAACAUCUCGAAGACAUCUGGGGGCAAAGUGUGAAGAAUCAUGUCAAGCAGAAAGCCUAAAAAGGGCCAGAAGCUUGGCUCCUCUCGGCGUUUCAAAAAUCGUAACAGAGAUGCUGAAGAAAAAGAAACUGAUGAUGGAUUCCCAGACCCUGGAAAUGAGGAGCAUGACACAGUUUCAGAAAACCAAGCAUCUAAUGAGUCUUCAGUGCUUCAUUCGGAUCAGCCAGUUAUAGCUUGCACCAACCCAAACACUUCAGUCUUCGAAGUUACUCCUCAGCCACAGUCACGGGAUUUCAUAGAUCUGUUGGCACAAGCUGAAGUAACAACUAAGAAAAGAAAAAUGGGAUCAACUCGCAAGAGCAACAGAAACUUUAAAUUUGAAGGAAUUUACGAGGAUGAACAAGAGCACAGAGUGCAGCUAAGCGAAGGUGCUAUUGAUGAGCAAGGGGUGACUGUAGAAGCACCCAUAAAAGAGGAUGGAGGCAAAGAAAACCAAACAAUUCUAUUGGACUGUGCACCCAGUCAGUCUUCAGAACAUGAAAGCUCCAUCGAACAUAAGAAGCAUUUGGCCCUUGGUACCAUCAUGCAUGAGGAAGACGAUCGCAAAAAUGUCAAACACCAACAUUUAGAAGCAGUCCUACAAAGCAAACCCAUGGACAUCUCUUCUUCUGAACUUAACCAAUCCAAGGAGGCAGAAUUCAGUCAAGAUUUAAUACGUACCGCACUUGAUUUCAGUAUUGUCACACCAAUCAAAUGUAAUGUGCCACUACAGGAAUUAGAUGAAUCUUUGCAAGUAUAUCAUCAAAUGGACACUUCCAGUGAGCCAGCAGCCUCCUUACCAAACACCACAGGCCAGAAAAGCAUGGUAGAUACAACUUACUCACCUCUUAAUGAUAACAGAGAAGAGAGACACCUAAUGCACAAUGAUAAGCCAUCUAUGCCAGAGCACAUGGUGCACAAAACAAUGGAUGAUCAAUCCAGUUUAAAUUUUAGCAUUAGAGACAAACAAGAAGAUAAAAAAGAAAGAGAAGAUGUAAACACACUAGAAUGUUGUAGUGCGGAAAAUACAGAACAAGAUGAAGUUACUGGAUUACGAUCAGCCUCUUUGAUAAAUGAACAUGAGCAUGGGAAUCAAGAUGACAAAUUGGCUACAGUUAUACGGCAAAAUGCUAGUACCAAAGCAAGCACAGAAGAUGAGAACAUAGUUGAUCACCUCCUUGAGCAUAAGGAUGACACUUUAAAGCUAACUAAGGAGAACAUUGACAAGUCUGAAAGUACAGAAUUCAGAGAGGACCUUGAGGAGUACAAGGAGGUAAGUGUGGUUGGGGAUAGAAUACACAAUGAUUCAGAUGAAGGGGUGGCUGCAACAAACCUAAACCAAGCAAUGGAGCCAGACAGAAACAUAAUUUCACCCCUAAAGCCGAACGAUCAAGAAGUAGGAACAUCUUCACACCAAUUCCUUUCAUAUGAAUUAAAUUUCCAAUGUGACAGUGAAAUUAAAUGUUACAGAGAAGAACAAAAUGAUCUUUCUGAGGCCAGAUGUUGGACAGGGGAAAGCAGUGCAGAUGGAGAGGUAGGCAUGUGUUAUGAUGUAGAAGAAAAAUAUAGAGAUAUAGGGGCAGAGAGAGAGGUGGAGAAUGAUGACAUGCAGUCUACAACUUCAAAUCCGUUGUUAUUGUCUAAAGUAAGUUCAACAAAUAUGUUAGAUUUUGUCACUGAGUCUGAAUUAAUUCCUGCUGAAACACUGUAUGAGGAAACAGAAACCAGCAGCCAGACACACAACCUUCAACAUAUUGAAUUGGAGAUGCAGUCAAAGGAAGGCACUUGUUCUGAUCAGAUGCUUAACAAAGUCAUCAAAGAUAGAUCUGAGCUUUUAGACAUAGAAACUGAGGUUAUUGAGGAGGAGAAAAAUGACAUAAAGGAAGAAAUAAAUGCUGGUUCCACAGAAAUCUUUACUAAGGAGGACUUUAUAAGAGUGGAUGAUGAAAAGGAUGGCAUGUCCACAUUUAUGAAUGAGUAUGAAAUGGAAUCAGUCAUCACAAAUAUGCAAGAUUAUGCAUUUACAGACCAGGUAUCCAUGGUAGUCAAAGAACACGGUAUUGAAAGUCCUGAUAAAGGAAGUGCCAGCCCAGUUCAUGCUUAUCCUACAAGUGACACAAUGGAACUCAUUCCUGAAACACAAGUCAAAUUAGACAUGCAGGUGUCUAAUGCCAUAGCUGUACCUGGUCAGAAGCAAACCAUGUCUGAAGAAUGUCUAGUAAAUCCAACAAACAGAGAAUCAGAAUUAGAGCAAUUUGAAAGCAUAUCUCCAAUUGUUUACAUACAGGAAUCAAGACUGGGUCAGGAUGAUGCAGUACCAGAAAAUGUGAGAUUUAGCCCCUCUGAGAAAAAACAGAUAGAUUCAACUCAAAUGAGUUUUAGUGGACUGAUCUCAGGAGGUGACCAGAAAGACAGUUAUAAUGCUAUGAAGGAAAGCAUGCAGGGACAAAGAUUAGAAGAAAGUACACCAAUCUCAGAGGACGGAACACUCAACUUCACUCCUGAAACAUGUUAUCCCCAGUCUUCAGCAUCACUGAAUAUCAGGGAACAUGACGCAGGAAUAAUAGAUGAACAUGUGAUUAAAAGUGUGGUUAAAAAUGAGAACACAAACACUUCACAAGAAAAACCUCAGCACAUCUCAACAGAAGAAUGUACUGUACUUGACAGACAGGAUGAGGAAACAGUAAUGGUAAAAAAAAUUUGCAGAAGGGUGGAUACCACUCAUGUAUUAUUAUCAGAUCUGGUUGACAGUGAGGUCCUCAAAAUUGAAAGCAGAACAGAAAUGGUUGAAAGUAUCGCACAAAAUGAAGAAGCAAUAUGGGAGGGAGGCAAGAAUGGUCAACCUAUAUCAUUACAAGAGCUUCAUCAAAAUAAUUAUCCAGAUAUGAAAUUAGGACAGUCCAAAUCAUCGGAAUAUACUGAGUUGGUUACUGUUACAAUAAAUACUGAUCAGCUCAUAACUUCUGCUGAGCCAGUGGAUGCAGCUGAAGAAGCUCAAGUGCCAGUGGUAAACAUCCUACAAGCUACCACUACUCCUAUUCAAGAAGAAGCUCAUAUGCUGAUUAGCACAAACAGUCACAGAAGAAAAAUGGGAUCAAUACGCAGGUCUCUUGGAGGACAGAGAGAAGAAAAAAACAAAGAUGAGGAUAUGUAUGAAGAGGAGAAAGAAAUGGCUUUUACAGAUAGAUCUACGUUAUUAGGCCCAGAAAAUGGAAAUAGUAAGGAGAAGAAUAAUGAUAAAAGAGAAGAAAUAAAUGCUGGUCCAACAGAAAAGUUUACAAAGGAAGACUCACAAUCGUCAAAACAACCUACGCAUUCUGAAUUAUCCUCGCAAACUUUUUUAUCCUCUCAAACUACCAUUGAACAUCCAUCACCUGCAACAGAGCAUCCUGAUUUCAAGGAAAAUGAUGGAAAUAGUAUAGAGAAUGUGGAAAAUACAAAUGCACAGAUCCACACACAAACUCAAACUAAGAAAAAGAAGAAAUUUGGAUCAACACGAAAACCCCAUGGAAGACACCAACCACAUACUGAAGGAGAGGAAGAAGAAUGGAAAGAUCCAGAAAAUACAGAAGUAACUGAACAUCAAAUCAUAACUCAAACUGCUACUUCAAACCUGCUCACUGACCCACAAAAUAAUAUUAGUGAGGUGUCACUUGACAUUGUUGACUCACCAAUGACAACUGAACAAAAAGAAAUCAUUAAAUCAGAGGUUGAAAUAGAAACUGUAGGGAUCGAUACACCACCUGCCAUAUUAUCCACUGAAGCUGAUCAGAUAAACACUGUGGUCUCUGAUGAGGUAAGCAAUGCAGAAGGACUGACUGAUAUUACAGAGCCACAUGAAAAACCAGGAGUGAAUGAGGAGAAAGAUGCAGAGUCAACUCUUUUAAAUGAGCAAGUAAUGGAACCAAUCAUCACAACAAUACAGGAUGAUGCUUUCAUAGAACAGGUGUCCCUAACAGUCAAAAAUCAUGCUAAUGAGAGUCCUGAUAAUGAAUGUGACAGUGAAUUUAAUACUCACUCGACAUGUGGCCCAGUGGAGCUCAUUCCUGAAACACAGGCCAUGUCAGACAUGCAAAUGAACACAGAAAAUAUUCAUGCAGUUGUAUCUGAUCAGAACCAAAACAUAUCUGAAGAACAUCUAGAGAAAGCAAUAAACAGGGAGCAAAAAGGUACCGACACUGGGGUUGUUGCAGAAGAGAACAAUGAUACAAAUGAAGAAAUAAAUGCUGGUCCUACUGAAAACUUUAUGAAAGAGGACAUUGCAACAGUAUGUUCACAACAACAUGUGCUUUGUGAAGUAUCCCCUCAAACCUCUGAUCUGGGUUUACCUACUAUCGAACAUCCAUCACCUGCAACAGAGCAUCCUGAUUUCAAGGAAAAUGAUGGAAAUAGUAUAGAGAAUGUGGAAAAUAGAAAUGCACAGAUCCACACACAAACUCAAACUAAGAAAAAGAAGAAAUUUGGAUCAACACGAAAACCCCAUGGAAGACACCAACCACAUACUGAAGGAGAGGAAGAAGAAUGGAAAGAUCCAGAAAAUACAGAAGAAAUUGAACAUCAAAUCAUAACUCAAACUGCUACUUCACACCUGCUCAGUGACCCACAAAAUAAUAUUAGUGAGGUGUCACUUGACAUUGUUGACUCACCAAUGACAACUGAACAAAAAGAAAUCAUUAAAUCAGAAGCUGAAAUAGAAACUGUAGGGAUCGAUACACCACCUGCCAUAUUAUCCACUGAAGCUGAUCAGAAAAACACUGUGGUCUCUGAUGAGGUAAGCAAUGCAGAAGGACUGACUGAUAUUACAGAGCCACAUGAAAAACCAGGAGUGAAUGAGGAGAAAGAUGCAGAGUCAACACUUUUAAAUGAGCAAGUAAUGGAACCAAUCAUCACAACAAUACAGGAUGAUGCUUUCAUAGAACAGGUGUCCCUAACAGUCAAAAAUCAUGCUAAUGAGAGUCCUGAUAAUGAAUGUGACAGUGAAUUUAAUACUCACUCGACAUGUGGCCCAGUGGAGCUAAUUCCUGAAACACAGGCCAUGUCAGACAUGCAAACCAACACAGAAAAUAUUCAUGCAGUUGUAUCUGACCAAAAUAUAUCUGAAGAACAUCUACAGAAGCCAACAAACAGGGAAUCAGAACCAGAGCAAUGUGAAAGCACAAGCCCAUUUGUGCAGACACCGGAAUCAAAAUCGUCUCAGGUUGAUGUGAUAAAAGAAAAUGUGGAAUUUCACAGCUCUGAGAAAAGGAGGAAGAUGGGUUCAACUCGAAAGAGUCUUAGAGGGCAAAUCCCUGGAAGUGACCAGAAAAACAAAUAUGAAGCACUAAAAGAAAAAGAAAAUAUACAGGAACAGAUCACAGACCAAAAAGGUACCGACACUGGGGUUGUUGCGGAAGAGAAUAAUGAUACAAAUAAAGAAGUAAAUGCUGGUCCUACUGAAAACUUUAUGAAAGAGGACAUUGCAACAGUAUGUUCACAACAUGUGCUUUGUGAAGUAUCCCCUCAAACCUCUGAUCUGGGUUUACCUACUAUCGAACAUCCAUCACCUGCAACAGAGCAUCCUGAUUUCAAGGAAAAUGAUGGAAAUAGUAUAGAGAAUGUGGAAAAUACAAAUACAGAGAUCCACACACAAACUCAAACUAAGAAAAAGAAGAAAUUUGGAUCAACACGAAAACCCCAUGGAAGACACCAACAACAUACUGAAGGAGAGGAAGAAGAAUGGAAAGAUCCAGAAAAUACAGAAGUAACUGAACAUCAAAUCAUAACUCAAACUGCUACUUCAAACCUGCUCACUGACCCACAAAAUAAUAUUAGUGAGGUGUCACUUGACAUUGUUGACUCACCAAUGACAACUGAACAAAAAGAAAUCAUUAAAUCAGAGGUUGAAAUAGAAACUGUAGGGAUCGAUACACCACCUGCCAUAUUAUCCACUGAAGCUGAUCCGAUAAACACUGUGGUCUCUGAUGAGGUAAGCAAUGCAGAAGGACUGACUGAUAUUACAGAGCCACAUGAAAAACCAGGAGUGAAUGAGGAGAAAGAUGCAGAGUCAACUCUUUUAAAUGAACAAGUAAUGGCACCAAUCAUCACAACAAUACAGGAUGAUGCUUUCAUAGAACAGGUGUCCCUAACAGUCAAAAAGCAUGCUAACGAGAGUCCUGAUAAUGAAUGUGACAGUGAAUUUAAUGUUCAUUCUACAUGUGGCCCAGUGGAGCUCAUUCCUGAUACACAGGCCAUGUCAGACAUGCAAAUGAACACAGAAAAUAUUCAUGCAGUUGUAUCUGAUCAGAACCAAAACAUAUCUGAAGAACAUCUAGAGAAAGCAAUAAACAGGGAGCAAAAAGGUACCGACACUGGGGUUGUUGCAGAAGAGAACAAUGAUACAAAUAAAGAAGUAAAUGCUGGUCCUACUGAAAACUUUAUGAAAGAGGACAUUGCAACAGUAUGUUCACAACAAUAUGUGCUUUGUGAAGUAUCCCCUCAAACCUCUGAUCUGGGUUUACCUACUAUCGAACAUCCAUCACCUGCAACAGAGCAUCGUGAUUUCAAGGAAAAUGAUGGAAAUAGUAUAGAGAAUGUGGAAAAUAGAAAUGCAGAGAUCCACACACAAACUCAAACUAAGAAAAAGAAGAAAUUUGGAUCAACACGAAAACCCCAUGGAAGACACCAACCACAUACUGAAGGAGAGGAAGAAGAAUGGAAAGAUCCAGAAAAUACAGAAGAAAUUGAACAUCAAAUCAUAACUCAAACUGCUACUUCAAACCUGCUCACUGACCCACAAAAUAAUAUUAGUGAGGUGUCACUUGACAUUGUUGACUCACCAGUGACAACUGAACAAAAAGAAAUCAUUAAAUCAGAAGUUGAAAUAGAAACUGUAGGGAUCGAUACACCACCUGCCAUAUUAUCCACUGAAGCUGAUCAGAUAAACACUGUGGUCUCUGAUGAGGUAAGCAAUGCAGAAGGACUGACUGAUAUUACAGAGCCACAUGAAAAACCAGGAGUGAAUGAGGAGAAAGAUACAGAGUCAACUCUUUUAAAUGAGCAAGUAAUGGAACCAAUCAUCACAACAAUACAGGAUGAUGCUUUCAUAGAACAGGUGUCCCUAACAGUCAAAAAGCAUGCUAACGAGAGUCCUGAUAAUGAAUGUGACAGUGAAUUUAAUACUCAUUCUACAUGUGGCCCAGUGGAGCUCAUUCCUGAUACACAGGCCAUGUCAGACAUGCAAAUGAACACAGAAAAUAUUCAUGCAGUUGUAUCUGACCAAAAUAUAUCUGAAGAACAUCUACAGAAGCCAACAAACAGGGAAUCAGAACCAGAGCAAUGUGAAAGCACAAGCUCAUUUGUGCAGACACCGGAAUCAAAAUCGUCUCAGGUUGAUGUGAUAAAAGAAAAUGUGGAAUUUCGCGGCUCUGAGAAAAGGAGGAAGAUGGGUUCAACUCGAAAGAGCCUUAGAGGGCAAAUCCCUGGAAGUGACCAGAAAAACAAAUAUGAAGCACUAAAAGAAAAAGAAAAUAUACAGGAACAGAUCACAGACCAAAAAGGUACCGACACUGGGGUUGUUGCAGAAGAGAACAAUGAUACAAAUAAAGAAGUAAAUGCUGGUCCUACUGAAAACUUUAUGAAAGAGGACAUUGCAACAGUAUGUUCACAACAAUAUGUGCUUUGUGAAGUAUCCCCUCAAACCUCUGAUCUGGGUUUACCUACUAUCGAAUAUCCAUCACCUGCAACAGAGCAUCGUGAUUUCAAGGAAAAUGUUGGAAAUAGUAUAGAGAAUGUGGAAAAUAGAAAUGCAGAGAUCCACACACAAACUCAAACUAAGAAAAAGAGGAAAUUUGGAUCAACACGAAAACCCCAUGGAAGACACCAACCACAUACUGAAGGAGAGGAAGAAGAAUGGAAAGAUCCAGAAAAUACAGAAGAAAUUGAACAUCAAAUCAUAACUCAAACUGCUACUUCAAACCUGCUCACUGACCCACAAAAUAAUAUUAGUGAGGUGUCACUUGACAUUGUUGACUCACCAAUGACAACUGAACAAAAAGAAAUCAUUAAAUCAGAAGUUGAAAUAGAAACUGUAGGGAUCGAUACACCACCUGCCAUAUUAUCCACUGAAGCUGAUCAGAUAAACACUGUGGUCUCUGAUGAGGUAAGCAAUGCAGAAGGACUGACUGAUAUUACAGAGCCACAUGAAAAACCAGGAGUGAAUGAGGAGAAAGAUGCAGAGUCAACUCUUUUAAAUGAGCAAGUAAUGGCACCAAUCAUCACAACAAUACAGGAUGAUGCUUUCAUAGAACAGGUGUCCCUAACAGUCAAAAAGCAUGCUAACGAGAGUCCUGAUAAUGAAUGUGACAGUGAAUUUAAUACUCAUUCUACAUGUGGCCCAGUGGAGCUCAUUCCUGAAACACAGGCCAUGUCAGACAUGCAAAUGAACACAGAAAAUAUUCAUGCAGUUGUAUCUGACCAAAAUAUAUCUGAAGAACAUCUACAGAAGCCAACAAACAGGGAAUCAGAACCAGAGCAAUGUGAAAGCACAAGCCCAUUUGUGCAGACACCGGAAUCAAAAUCGUCUCAGGUUGAUGUGAUAAAAGAAAAUGUGGAAUUUCGCGGCUCUGAGAAAAGGAGGAAGAUGGGUUCAACUCGAAAGAGUCUUAGAGGGCAAAUCCCUGGAAGUGACCAGAAAAACAAAUAUGAAGCACUAAAAGAAAAAGAAAAUAUACAGGAACAGAUCACAGACCAAAAAGGUACCGACACUGGGGUUGUUGCGGAAGAGAAUAAUGAUACAAAUAAAGAAGUAAAUGCUGGUCCUACUGAAAACUUUAUGAAAGAGGACAUUGCAACAGUAUGUUCACAACAUGUGCUUUGUGAAGUAUCCCCUCAAACCUCUGAUCUGGGUUUACCUACUAUCGAACAUCCAUCACCUGCAACAGAGCAUCCUGAUUUCAAGGAAAAUGAUGGAAAUAGUAUAGAGAAUGUGGAAAAUACAAAUGCAAAGAUCCACACACAAACUCAAACUAAGAAAAAGAAGAAAUUUGGAUCAACACGAAAACCCCAUGGAAGACACCAACCACAUACUGAAGGAGAGGAAGAAGAAUGGAAAGAUCCAGAAAAUACAGAAGUAACUGAACAUCAAAUCAUAACUCAAACUGCUACUUCAAACCUGCUCACUGACCCACAAAAUAAUAUUAGUGAGGUGUCACUUGACAUUGUUGACUCACCAAUGACAACUGAACAAAAAGAAAUCAUUAAAUCAGAAGUUGAAAUAGAAACUGUAGGGAUCGAUACACCACCUGCCAUAUUAUCCACUGAAGCUGAUCCGAUAAACACUGUGGUCUCUGAUGAGGUAAGCAAUGCAGAAGGACUGACUGAUAUUACAGAGCCACAUGAAAAACCAGGAGUGAAUGAGGAAAAAGAUGCAGAGUCAACUCUUUUAAAUGAGCAAGUAAUGGCACCAAUCAUCACAACAAUACAGGAUGAUGCUUUCAUAGAACAGGUGUCCCUAACAGUCAAAAAGCAUGCUAACGAGAGUCCUGAUAAUGAAUGUGACAGUGAAUUUAAUACUCACUCGACACGUGGCCCAGUGGAGCUCAUUCCUGAUACACAGGCCAUGUCAGACAUGCAAAUGAACACAGAAAAUAUUCAUGCAGUUGUAUCUGACCAAAAUAUAUCUGAAGAACAUCUACAGAAGCCAACAAACAGGGAAUCAGAACCAGAGCAAUGUGAAAGCACAAGCUCAUUUGUGCAGACACCGGAAUCAAAAUCGUCUCAGGUUGAUGUGAUAAAAGAAAAUGUGGAAUUUCGCGGCUCUGAGAAAAGGAGGAAGAUGGGUUCAACUCGAAAGAGCCUUAGAGGGCAAAUCCCUGGAAGUGACCAGAAAAACAAAUAUGAAGCACUAAAAGAAAAAGAAAAUAUACAGGAACAGAUCACAGACCAAAAAGGUACCGACACUGGGGUUGUUGCAGAAGAGAACAAUGAUACAAAUAAAGAAGUAAAUGCUGGUCCUACUGAAAACUUUAUGAAAGAGGACAUUGCAACAGUAUGUUCACAACAAUAUGUGCUUUGUGAAGUAUCCCCUCAAACCUCUGAUCUGGGUUUACCUACUAUCGAAUAUCCAUCACCUGCAACAGAGCAUCGUGAUUUCAAGGAAAAUGUUGGAAAUAGUAUAGAGAAUGUGGAAAAUAGAAAUGCAGAGAUCCACACACAAACUCAAACUAAGAAAAAGAGGAAAUUUGGAUCAACACGAAAACCCCAUGGAAGACACCAACUACAUACUGAAGGAGAGGAAGAAGAAUGGAAAGAUCCAGAAAAUACAGAAGAAAUUGAACAUCAAAUCAUAACUCAAACUGCUACUUCAAACCUGCUCACUGACCCACAAAAUAAUAUUAGUGAGGUGUCACUUGACAUUGUUGACUCACCAAUGACAACUGAACAAAAAGAAAUCAUUAAAUCAGAAGUUGAAAUAGAAACUGUAGGGAUCGAUACACCACCUGCCAUAUUAUCCACUGAAGCUGAUCAGAGAAACACUGUGGUCUCUGAUGAGGUAAGCAAUGCAGAAGGACUGACUGAUAUUACAGAGCCACAUGAAAAACCAGGAGUGAAUGAGGAGAAAGAUGCAGAGUCAACUCUUUUAAAUGAACAAGUAAUGGCACCAAUCAUCACAACAAUACAGGAUGAUGCUUUCAUAGAACAGGUGUCCCUAACAGUCAAAAAGCAUGCUAACGAGAGUCCUGAUAAUGAAUGUAACAGUGAAUUUAAUACUCAUUCUACAUGUGGCCCAGUGGAGCUCAUUCCUGAUACACAGGCCAUGUCAGACAUGCAAAUGAACACAGAAAAUAUUCAUGCAGUUGUAUCUGACCAAAAUAUAUCUGAAGAACAUCUACAGAAGCCAACAAACAGGGAAUCAGAACCAGAGCAAUGUGAAAGCACAAGCCCAUUUGUGCAGACACCGGAAUCAAAAUCGUCUCAGGUUGAUGUGAUAAAAGAAAAUGUGGAAUUUCGCGGCUCUGAGAAAAGGAGGAAGAUGGGUUCAACUCGAAAGAGUCUUAGAGGGCAAAUCCCUGGAAGUGACCAGAAAAACAAAUAUGAAGCACUAAAAGAAAAAGAAAAUAUACAGGAACAGAUCACAGACCAAAAAGGUACCGACACUGGGGUUGUUGCAGAACAGAACAGUGAUACAAAUGAAGAAAUAAAUGCUGGUCCUACUGAAAACUUUAUGAAAGAGGACAUUGCAACAGUAUGUUCACAACAAUAUGUGCUUUGUGAAGUAUCCCCUCAAACCUCUGAUCUGGGUUUACCUACUAUCGAACAUCCAUCACCUGCAACAGAGCAUCCUGAUUUCAAGGAAAAUGAUGGAAAUAGUAUAGAGAAUGUGGAAAAUACAAAUGCACAGAUCCACACACAAACUCAAACUAAGAAAAAGAAGAAAUUUGGAUCAACACGAAAAACCCAUGGAAGACAACAACUACAUACUGAAGGAGAAUGGAAAGAUGUGGAAGAUACAGAAGAAAUACAAUUCAUAGAUCAAGCAGCUAGUUCAGACUUACUGACUGAGCUACAGACUGCUAUAAAUGAGUUGUCACUUGAUACCCUUGCACCAUCCUUGAAAAGUGAGCAAGGUAUGGAUCCUACUCAUGGCUCAAUCACACUUAUUCCUGAAACACAAGCUAGAUUAGACAUGCCAGUUGUAUCUGAACAGUACCAUAUGAUGUCUGAAGAACAUCUAGAAAAUCCAAAAAACAGAGAAUCAAAAACAGAGCAAUGUGAAAGCACAUGCCCAGUUGUUCACAUACAGGAUUUAAAACUGGAUCCGGAUGAUAUGGCAACACAGAAUUCAGGACAUUCUGGAAACUCUGGGAGAAGGAAGAAGCUAGGUUCAACUCGAAGGAGUCUUAGAGUGAUAAAAGAAAUAGAAAACAGGCAUGAACCAACAACAGAAGAAAGUACAUCAACCUCAGAGAAAGAUCUGAAACAUCUAAUCGAAACAUCUCAAUCCAUACAAACACAUUCUGAGCCACUAAAUAUCGUAGAACCUGGAGCAGAAAAAAUGGGUUCAACUUGCAAGAAUCUUGAGGAAGGACAGAGUAAAUUGGAAGAAUUGCAAAAAACUAAAGAUUUGAACCCAAGAUAUUCUGGAGACAUUGAUAGUGAAUACUUAAAGUUAGUAGUAAAAGAAGGCACAGUUAACCCUGAUUCAAACUUCUGUGUCACAGAGACAAGAGUACAAGAGUAUGAACCACAAAUUCACAAUAAACUUGAUCAGUCAGACGGCUCCCUUCUUAGUGAGAUAGAGUUUUACCUAAAUAAAAGUUUUGAAAGUACCCUAAAUACUACAGUUCUUAACCCUGAUAUAUCAGAAUUCUCAGAACCAAUGUCUGAAGGCUCUCUUCAGCUACCAUCAUCCCAAGAUCCCCAAAUUCACAUGGAACCAAGCUCCCCAUCAAGAAGGAGAAAAAUGGGGUCGAGUCGCAAGAUAUCUAGAAACAAGCAUGCAGAAAACUUAUCCAGUGAGGACAGAGGGUCUGAACAGGAAAAAGAGAAUUUUGACAAGAAUGAUGCUAAAAAUAGUGAACCUAAAAGAGAGGCAAAGACAGUUAAGGAAACUGUCAUGGCAGAAGGCACAGAAGACAUGAAAGAAUCUGUUGAACUCAUGUCUGAAGUCGAAGCUCCCUCUCAAAUAAAUGAGAGUAGUACAAUAGCCACAGGGCAGCCGCUUCCAGAAGGUAGGCGAAAGUUUGGGUCCAGACGCACAGCAAAGGGAAGCAGUGGUCUAGGUGCACAUGGUGAUUAUGAGAGCAGCCAGAAAAAAACAGAUGUUCAAGUGACUAAGGAUGACUUAUGGGUCUCUGAACCAGAGAGCACACCAAUCUCCCACCCAGUCUCUGAGCCUAGACCAGGAACUGAAGAGGGUAGAAAAACCGUUGUGAGCGAUACAAAUGCAUCUACCGGAGCUGGCCUUGGUUCUUUAGAUAACAUUAGGCAAACUUCACCAUGUGUUGUAAGCACUGGAGGAAAACAGGAAAUAGACUUUGAGCAAUGGAAUGAGCAAAUUCCAGAUUUUGGUGAAGCGGUAUAUAAUGUUGUGAUGGUGGGAAACAGCAGUGUGGGCAAGACGUCCUUCAUAAAACGUUUACAGACUGGACAAUUCACCCAAGACUACAGUUCUACUAUUGGUGUUGACACCUUUGUCGAGACUGUUAGAUUUGGUAGCAGAACAGUGAAACUGUAUGUGUGGGACACAGCAGGUCAGGAGAGGUAUCACAGCAUCACUAAGCAGGUCUUCCACAAGGCCCAGGGGCUUCUGCUGAUGUAUGAUAUCACAUCUUCUCAGAGUUUCCAUGCUGUUCGUGCCUGGAUCUCACAGAUUCAGGAAAAGGCUAACCCUGAUGUCAUCUUGAUGUUACUUGCCAACAAAAAUGACUGUGCUAAUCGAGAAGUCCAGCCACAGGAAGGGGAGGAUUUAUCAAAAGAGUAUAACAUUCAUUUUAUGGAGUGUAGUGCAGCAACUGGCGAGAACGUGUCAAAAUCUCUGAAGACUCUAGCAUGGUUACUGGUGAAACAGAGAGUGAGGAAAGAUGAGGAAUACACAACAUUACAGCCAAAGCCACAAAAUAAGAAGUCAGGUUGCUGUUGAAAACACAUUCGCUGUACACACACGUACACACAUAUACAUAUACACACACACACACACACACACACACACACACGCCUACAUCUUUAUCCAUACAAUUGAUCAAAUAUAUCAAAUAUAUAUAUCAUAUAUAUCAAAUAUGGAAUAAUAUAGAGAAUAUUAUAGAAGGUUCACUGUAUUUUUUUUUUUAAUAUUUCCAUUGUCUUCAUUCAUUUUUAAUCCAUUUUUGUGCUGUUUAUGUAGAUCUAGAUUUUUACAUGCUUUGUGCUGUUCUAUGCAACUUAACAAUUCUGAUGGAAACUAGUGGAUAAAAGACACCCUGUUGCUGUUACUUUACUGUUACUUUACCUUACCGUUUCUUUUGUAUUAUCUUCCUGAAUUCAGUGCAGGGUUGGAUUAAGAUCAGGGCAGUAAGUCGUAUUAUAACUGCAUUUAGCAAUGAGUCAUGUGAAAUAUUGUGUAAUAUGUUGUGUAAACUUUGUGGUGUUCUUCAAAGAUAUUGGACAAUAUGAAUUAAAUAUGAAACUGACUUAAAUUAAGCUGAACUGGCUGAACUGAAAUUAAGCUGUGGAACAAAAAUGUAAUUUAUCCCAACCCUGGUAUAAUUCACAUAAUUCCACAAUGUUUGUCGUUAUGAGGAUGGACCCCACACACAUAAAAUGGUCAAAACAACCAGGCUGAGAAAAAGUACAAAGACAAUGAAGAAAACCUCUGCUGCCCAUUGACUGUUUUGGACCCCUGUUACCACUAGAGGGCGGUCAGAGGGAAUCAGAUUGGUCAGGUUCAGCAUAUAGCCCAAAGUCCAGCCUAUGUCAGUGUCCGCCACCUGUAAUGUAAACAUCACCGGUAUUUUAUAUUCUAAGUUUAAGAUCUACAAUUUAAAUUAUUUUUGUCUAAAUUUUACAGCAAAGUAUUUUUAUAUACAAUAAAACAGUGGCACUGAUACUGUAAUAAUAAAUGCCUCCAUGUACUAUUGCACUAACA